AUGAAAUGCAUCUCGGAUGAUGAAGAAGGGGAUAUUGAAGCUGAAAUUCAGCGGGAACUAGAUGCGCUCCAAGAUGACAGUUUGCUGCAUGUAGAAGACUUUGAGGACGAUUAUUUGCAGACGACUACAAUCGAGGUAACAUUACAACUUAACAACAUUAAGACUUUAAUUUGAUUGACUAACAUCAUCAACAGAUUUUUCCUUUUGGUUCUUUUCAAUAUCUGUUUUUCGACAAAAAUAUAUUCUUCAUUCGUUUGUGGAUAAAAAAUUUGCAUGCAUACGCUUAAGUUUGAGCUUGUAAGGUUCUAAAGCUUUUGUAAAUUUCAAUGAAUAUCGAUCUAAAUAUACAAAGGACAAUGUACUUUUAAAUCAUGCAUGAUGUGCAGGGUAAUUUUUUUGUCUUCGUACUCUAUGCAUGCAGCUGCUCUUACAGCUUGCACCUGAAACAGUAAAAGUAAUUUCCUUGGAUCAGCUAGUGCUUAUGCUACACGCACAUCGGGCUAUUGCAUUUAAUAUCCGCAAAUGUUUGAGGACUUACCUUUUACCUUUUCUUCUUACCCGUUUACCUCAAAACAAUAAGGGUCCUACCCCUGAAGAAAUUAGUGAAAAUCAAAGCUCCAACUCCAAAGAAUUCUUUAAUGUUAUACUCUACCCCUAAAGAAAUCCCCUCAAGAAUUCCAUGGUUUCUUAACAGGUGAGGGGUGGGGGGGAAGGGGGGGGGGAGGUGUUUAAGGAGAUAAAAUGCAAUGGCCCAUUGUAUUUGAUUCAGUUGACAUGAAACAUAAUUCUUGGCAUGCUGUUUGUGUGUCUUUUAAUCCGUAGUAAAGCCUAACCGGCCCUCAAGUCAAGAAAGUAAUAUCAUUAUUUUGCCUAUAAAAUAAGUACAGGAGUAAUGUUUAGCUGAAUAAAUUGAUGGAAAGAAGUGACCAUAAACCUUGUUGUGCGAAUAAUAUGUACUGCAGAACCUAAGUUACUGUGGACAUGCAUCUGCCGUUAAUGAAAAAAAUGGAUCUUAUUGCUCAUUAAUGGAUUUUAGGCAAAGGAAGGUGACUUGCCAGAUUCAAUUCAAGAAUAUUUAAGACUCUUGCAUUCAAGGACAGAAGGUGCUAAGGAUGAGGUUGAAGAAUGUGAAAUAAUCUUGGAAACAUUACUUCCUGGUAGGUUAUCUAUAUGUCGGAUUAUUAAAUAAAAAACAAUUGCAAGUCAAGACAAGUUCAAAUUUUCUAUUGGUAGCUACCAGAAACUCAUAAGGGGUUGAAACGUGUAACUCUCAUAUGUUUGCAUUUGCUUUGUCCGAUGCUCGUGAUUAUUCAUUUUAGAAAGUACCAUAUUUGGAACGAGAAGAAAAGAUAACUGACCAAUCAAACUUCGUAAACAACGUGACGUAAUUUUCCUUUAGGUUCCCGCGCCCUCUUAAAAAAACGGCCGACAAACUGGGGGAAAAACUCCCAAAAGCCAAGAAAGCUUUCAAAGGUUGAAACCAGGAAUAUUACUGAAACACUGAACAGGAUAUUAUUGCCUUUAAGUACCACCCGGGCCAAACGUAACAUUAUGAAACCCAUUCACGGCCUCACAACUUCUUGAAGUUGUCUCUUCAAAAAACGAUGCCUCGUUGACCCUCUGCACAGUAAACUUAUACUGCAAAUAGGCUUUUAAAAUUCUUAUGUUAAAAGUCUAGAAUAAACAGUGAAAAAUAUUUUCGAAUAAAAUUCAUUAGCUGCGUAUUGAAAGUGUCCAAAACCUGAACCUGACAUCUUCGCAAAAAGGGAUGCUUGUAAUGAAUGUGAGAAGCAUUUUAAAAGCUUAAAUGAAACUUAGAUGUUGUAGUCACGAUUGUGUUUUGAGCUAAUUUUAUGAAUGAACAAACUCAAAACAGUAGACAGAGAAGCGGUUUCUUGAAAAUUUUUAUUCAAAGUCCAAAAAGUUAAUCAAUUAAGUUAAGCAAUUCGGAAAACACUAUCUGGAUCGUGGAUCCAUUCACGCAAGUGACAUCGGCUAAGCACAUGGCAAAAUUCAACACAAAAUCCAUCUCAAAUCAGGGCACAUUUUGUAAUUUUUCUUUAGCGCCGAAGAGAAAUAUUUAAAAAACGUCUAUGAAACAUUUUAAAAUACAUAAAUUCCCUUUCAAAAACGUAAUUGUCUUGGCCAUAGAGUGCAAAAUGUACCUGAAAAUUCAGCAAAAUCUUCGCUGACUUGGUUGCAUUUCAAAACAGACCAUGGGCUCCGCCGUGAAGAAAACAAGGUUGAAUUCCUCGAAGGACGAUUUCUUGAUGAAAAGCUUCCCUUUCUCCACAAAAAGAAAGCUGAGCAUUCUUUUGAACUUUUUCUUUCCAUUUUUUGUCUUUUAACGGCGUAUUUUUCACCUUGAAAUGCAGAACUCUUGUCUUAAAACAUCUGCAUGGUGAUCGCUCAGCAGCCAUUUUGUUGAAAAUGGAUAUCCGUCACUAAGAUUUCCAAAUAUGGUCAAAAUGAAUAUUCACAAGCAUUGAACGCGAGUUACACAUUUCAACCCCUUAUGGGUUUCUGUAGAUACUUAAUGAUGGCUGAAGUCCCCAGUCCACUAUCAAAGAUUAUUGAGAUUGGGGAUAUAAAAUGCAAGGCUGUGUUCUAGAGCAUGUCUUCUAAGGAAAGUUAAUCACCCAGUGCACUGAACUUGUCAAAUCUAAGGUGCCCAGCAUUUGACUUAUGAAAAAAUUAACAAUUUCUAGUUACCCGAGAGCCAGCAAGAUGGGUGCCAGGGCCCACUGUUUUCUGCUCAAGGUUAACAGCCCUGAAAUGACAAAUUAAGUCUCCUGCAAAGUUGUCUGGCAAUAGUGCCCCCCACCACCCCCAUCCCAGCCAAAAAAGAAAUUGCAAGUCAAGUUGCAUGACAUCCACCCAAUGAAACAGCUGUCUAAGUUCUGCCUUUUGACGCUUUUUACUAAAUAGCAAAAGGGUAUGUUUCCACAGGCGAUGUCAUCAAAGAAGAUAAAGAUUUACUUGCUAAAAGAAUCAAGGAGGAGCUUGGUGAAGAACAUGAAGAAAAUCCUCUUGUUCUUAGAGACCAGGUUAACUUUUUUUAACCCUUUAGUGACUGUCCCUAGUAUUAGUUACUGAGUAAUAUUGUUUUUGUGGUCCUUUGUAAGGCUCAUAAAUUGGUUAAUAAUCAUGACAUUUUUACUCAGUGAUCAUUUCAAGGAUAUAAUAUAAAGGAGAAAUUAAUUUUGAUACUUGCCACAAAAGGGUUAAAGGUCAUGCUUUCAAUGCAGCGGGACCCCCAUAUCAAAGUGUUGGGGUAGAAAAUUGAAGAUUUUAGUUUCAAUUAGAACGUUCUGGACAGAAAGCCAAUAUUUUACCUGUAAAGGUAUCUCUUAAUCAACAAUAAUGACAUAUUAUACUGUGCUGGAGGAGUAUUGUUACCCUUUAUGAGGGGGAUUAUGAGGGGAUAGAUGAAGCCUGAGCUAUAUAUGAUUCAGACUAGUCUCCUUUAGCGAUUAAUUAUUAUUAUGUAAUUUUCCCAUGAGCAUACCCAUCUCCCUCAUGUGGGAGUUUCCCCUGGGCCCAGUUGUUUGAAGGCCUGCGACUUAGCACUAACUCGGGGUUAAAUUUUAAUCUGAGUUUCUCUUUUUUUAGAUCAUCCAGCCAUCAUAUUGGGUUACAUGUAUCUUAAUCCAGCUUUGAACAACCCAGCUCUCGUGUUUACGUGUUUAUGCUAUCUUAGGCAAUUUCAGCACUUACCAAACUAUCACAGAAACGACUAAAAUGUGGAAAGAACUAAUUCAAACUGUAGAAAAUCAGAAAGAGAAAUACAGAAAAAAUUUAGGGGAGCAUGGAUAGGUAAAACGGAUUACUUGGGAAUUUCAUUUUAUCAAUAAACUUUAAACCAAUGGUCUGUCACGAUUUGUGGUUAAUAAUGAUUUUCCAUGUACAUGUACAAUGACUAUGUUUAUGUUAUAACUUAAACUCUGGUAACAUUAUCAUGCCAUUUAAUUUAUAUGAUUCAGGUCCUAUCAGAGCUUGAAGAGGCAGAGCUGAGAGAAGAAAGGGAAAAAUUAGCGGCAGAAAACAAGAAUGGAGAAGAGAAUAAAUAUGCCUUGGAUAUCAUCAGACCAGGUAUAUUAGACUUACAGUCAUUCAUGGGUUCUCUUCUAAAAUUUUUCCAUCACAGGAGAAAGUUUUUUUUAUUGUUGAUGUUACAGUAAAUUUUGUAGAACUUUGCCUAUAUAAGAGUUAUAUGAUAUUUUUACUAACAGUCACUCCAUAACAAUAUUUUGUUAUUAUUUGUGUGUUGUUUAUAUCCACCCCUAAUAUUCUAAAGGUUAAAGUUUAAUUAAACAGUACUCCAUAGUGUAAAUUUAGAUGAAAUUCAGCACGUUAAUCCCCUUAGAAUCAAUGAACGCUUUUCAUUCAACUACUAGUUAUUGCUUGUUUUUCAAUAUUUACCAUGUUCCUAUUAGUAGCAUAGUAACAUAGCCCCACUACUCAAAAUAUAAACCACAACUGACCCACAAUCCUUUGACUCAUCCUGACAAAGGGCUAGCCCCAAAACAAGCUAUUACCUCUAUGCAUAAAUCUGAUUCAGCAUUUUAACUUUAAACCUUACAGGUAUGUGUUUAUUAUAAAUGGUUUUCAUACUUAAAAUACCAUUUAAUACUAUUUACCAUCAGUGUGUUUAUCAUUACAUUUUUUCUAAUCUUUAGGAGUUACAGUAGAAAUUCAAGCUCUGGAGGAAAAAGCCCAGCAAGAGAUGAGAGAACUGGAGAAAAAACGGGCUCAGAAGGAACAGGAGAGAGAUAAAUGGUACCAGGAGAGAAAACAAGAAGAGGAUGAAAGACGAGAAAGAGAAAGAGAAGCUCGCCUCAAGAGACAAGCUGAAUUUGAAGCUGCUCAGAAGAAAUUACUCAAAGAACAGGAGGUAUUUCUAAGAAAAGUAAUUAUGGAUUUGUGCAGUUCUCUCAUCAGUCAUGACCCUGGAUCACUGCAUCUGUGGCUGAAAUGUGGUUUUCCAAGUUCUUGAGAGAGUUUUGGAGUCAUACAUAAAACAUGAAAAUUAUCUUAUACGAUGGACUGAUCAAGAGUACAUUCAGGGGCACCCAACGAGAAUAGCAUUGUUAGAAAUAUUUUAAUUAGUAUUUAAACGGUAGAUAUAGGCGUAUUUUUAUCCCCUAAAAAUUCUUCAUCUGUUCAGAUUUCCUAGCUGAAAGUUUAGUGAUCCAAAAAUUAUAGGGAUCAAAACUUACCUUUUCGAAAAUUUCAGCCAGAAGAAAGGCUCCCGAAAAUUCUAGGUGACCUUUUUGGGGUAACAAUGGGCAAUCAUACCAUCUUUUAGAUGUUCAAAAACUAGGAGAGGCAGGCAAGCAAGAAAUUUUACAAAAAAAUGUUCCUAAAAUUCUAGAUCUCAAAUCGUCUUCCAAACAGAUAUUUUCCGAAAAGUGACGUUGAGUGCCCCUGUGCAUUGUUUCAGAGAAAUGUUAAAAUAAAAACAUCUUUUUAGCAUCAAAUUAUUCCCCUUGGCUUUAUGGCCACACCUUAAAAACACUUUACAAGGCGUCUGUCAAGCAAUUUUUCUGGAUGUUUAAAUAACAAGUGCUUUUAUUCAGCAGCAACUCAUAAAUUGGUAGUUAGUAGGGCUUUUUUUACACCGUAGGAAACUUACAUUUGCAGAACAGCCGUCAACUCUGUUACAAUUCUAUGGGUUAUGCCAGAACUGACUUGACUGUAAUAUUCCAUUUCAUUUACAUGUAAAAAGGCACUUCAAGCAAAACUGGAAGUGGAGGCAAAAGAAGAAGAAAAGAAAUUGAAAGAAAUGGAAAAGAAAUUCCAGGUGACAAUAUUUCAGUUCAAUUUACAUUGUAAAUAAAGAUUACUACAUGUAACGGUGUGCAUGUAGAAGAAAAAGGUAUUGUUUGGUGCUCUUUGUCGGAGAUCUGUGAUACAUUGAUACAGGUGUAUAGGGUUGUAUAUAUUAACAUAGUAGGUUUUCCUCCUACAAAAUAGUUAAAGAAGUACAUUUCAUGCAGUAAAAUAUGUUGCAAAGUAAUUUACAGUUCCAACACACCGCCCAAAAAAAAUGAUGUUGACUAUUCAUGUCAUGUAUAAAUACAUUGUAUUUUCUUCAAAAGGUGGAGAUGAAGGCAAUUGAAGAGGAACGAAGAACACAGAAAGAGGCAUUUGUGGAUGCUCAAGUAAGCACAAAUUUGCAAGUGUCACAAUCAGGUGCAGAAUGCACAAAUCUGCUGUAUUGUGGGUAGUUGUGUUAACCUGGUGCGAGAGAGUUGCACGUAUGGCAUUUUGCUCCAGGACUAUAUGCAUGACUUUCUUCAACACUAUCUGUCUGUAACACCCACUUCUUCAGCCAGGGGCACUGGCUGUUUUCUGUGAAAUGCUUGCCCGGAAAAAUAAGACGUGGCUUAAAUAAGACGUUAACGCCUGCGUCGCAAGUGGAGGUUGGGUGCCCAUGGGCAAGGGGGCUGCAACCGCAAUACACCCCAAGGCGGAAGAACACCCACAGGCCUACCAACCCGCAACCCAGCCACGAGCCCCCCCGCGCCCAGCCCCCCACUAUAGCACCCGUCACACUGAGGCCAGAAGCCCAGUGGAAGUAAAAUGAACCAACCCCUGAAAGAAUAAAUAACUAAAUAAAUAAAUAAGAAAGAAAGCGGGGGAGGGAGGGGAACCAAGAGAAACGCUACGCUACUGGAACGCCACGCCACGCCACGCUAACAAAGCUUCGAGUACAACGCAAACACAACGUAGGCACGUGGCCUCCGCAUGCGCCAAAGCGACAUACCGCUGGACAGGAAUCUGCCCCCAUGCUCACGAACAAUGGUAAACGCUACAAACGCAAACAUAGUCACGCACAACGCUACAGACGACCAAUGCGCUACCAAAGAAUGCCCAAAACACCCGAGACCAUAGCUCCUGGUCGUUAACUACAUUAAAUAUGAUUUAAUAGUAUCGAACUGUACCAUUUAUACGAGCAUGUCUUAUCUAAGAGGAGAACAGCUCGUAUGAAUGGUUCGCGUAUUAUUUCUGUUCUUGACUCGUUUUCAUGUGAAUGUUGCCCGUAGCAACGGCAAUCCAACGUGGCGCGCCAAGAAUUAACGCAUGCGUACUAUGCGUUCGCGUCUUAUGUAAGACGCGAAGGCCAUUUAUACGAAGUUUUUCUCGUCUUAGCUAAGACGCGUCUUAUCUAAGAACAGGUGUUAAGGGCUGAUCUAAAAUAAGACUCGUCUUAGCUAAGCCGCGUCUCCGUUUGUACGGAACGUUCGCGUCUUAUUUAAGACGCGUCCUAUGUAAGACGCGUCUUAUUUUUCCUCGUAUGAAUGGCCCUAUUAUCUAAACAUUUCUGUUGCCUGAGAAAGACUGAGAAAGGGUUCUAUUGCUGUUUUGACAAAGUACAGUGUAAGAAAUUAUUUGACCUCCCCUUACGUAACGCUCUCUUCUUUUUUUUUCCGCCUUGCGUGCGACCCUCUGCAUUUGCAGAAUCUCGCUUUCCAUAACUUACAUAUACAUGUAGUUUUGUGGUGGAAGGUAGUGGGUUAAUCGACAGUGAAAAUGCAAGGUUUUCAUUAAGAUUUCAUGUUGCCGUACAGAAUGUAUUUAUGCAAUUUUAUGCAAUUAGUAAGCAAGAGAUUGAACAACCAGUAAGUCCUUUUGAUUUUAUUUUUCUUAUGUUUCCUAUGAAAGUAGUUGGAGAUCGUGCUCAUUGCAACCGCAGGAAAUCCUCGGCCCCAGGCCCUUAUUGACAGCCAUGGAAAAUGGAUGACUUGUUAUGCUAAAAUGUGACAAGGAUUUUCUAAUUUUUGUCUACAGCGAAAAGAGGCAGAAUAUCAGCAGAAGAAACAACAAACAGCAGCCACUAAAAUUCAGCGGUUUUAUCGCGGAUUUAGGUAUGUGAAUCACUGAUUACUUACAUUUAAGUUUACAGUUUGGCUUGAAGCAAAGCUAUUUCUGAUAUGAAAUAAUUAUUGUCAAAAGCACUCAAAUUUUAGUUAAAUUUUAAGGGGGGGGGGGGGUGGUUUAACAAGCCCUUAUACGAGCUAUAAAAUGGUGACAAACAGCUAACUUUACAGUAGAUUGAUGAAAAAUAGCUUGUCUAAAUGGAACGCCUUUUUGUCGAGGUAUAAGGAUUAUGACGAAUACAAUGUGUAAGUAUAAAAAAUUUAAUUUGUGCCUUUCGUCUGUGAUGAUUAUUGUUACGCAACUGGUAGGAAAUGCCUAGACAUAUUGUUGUUUGCAAUCAGUUGGCAACUGUUUUUAACAUAAUUAUACAACCAGUAAGCUCCAAUUAAGCAAGAAAACGAAGUUUAUGAAGUGACAAUUUACGAACAGAGGGUUUUGCUUGGAAUGAAAUGUCUUCUUGCAUGCCUGCAUUCUUAUGUUUUGUGGUCGGCUAAACUAAACUAGCAGAAACACUGGAAUGUUUUAUUUUCAUGCUCUUUUGUCCUGAUAGCAAGGAAUUGUCGGGGUGUUUUGAAAGCAAGUCUCUUUUUAUUCAGGGUAAGAAAGCAGUAUCAGCCUUUUCUGGAAACCAAACGAGUUGAAAGAAUAAAGAAGAGAAAUGAGGAACUUGACCGAAUUGAAAGAGUGGAAAAAAGGUUAAGAGAUGAAGCAGAAAGAAAGAGACUGGAGGAUGAACGGAGAAAGAAGGAAGAGGAGGAGAGGAGAACGAGACAAGAAAAAGUCGAGAAAGAAAGAAAAUUAAAGGAAGAGCAAAGAAUUAGAGAGGAAGAAAAGCGAAAGAGGGAAGAAGAGGAAAGGAAAAGUGUACUGGAAGAAGAGAAGAGGAAGGAAGAAGAGGAAGCAGAGAGGAAGAGAGAAGAGGAGGAGAGAGUGAGAGAAGCAGAAUUGAAGAGGAAGUUGGAAGAGGAAAAUAGAAAGAAGGCUGUAGAAGAUGCAAGAAAAAAGCGAGAGGAAGAAGAGAAGCUCAGAGAAGCAGAAUUAAAAAGAAAACUGGAAGAGGAGAAAAGAAAAGCAGAAGAAGAAGCUAAAAAGAAGAGAGAAGAAGAGGAGUUAAAAAGAAAGCUGGAAGAAGAGAAAAGAAGGGAAGAGGAGAGAAGAAGACUGGAAGAUAUGAAAAGAAAAGAGUUGGAAGACAAAAGAAGAGAAAACGAGAAGAAAAGUAGAGAAGAACGAGAAAGGGAAACGGAAGUAGAAAAGAAAAAAAUGGAAGAGGAGAGCAAACGGUUAGAGACAGAAGAAGAAGCAAAGAGAAAAGCAGAAGUCAAUAUGAAAGAAGAGCAACACAUCUCUCAGGUCAAGAGUGACUUUCAAGAGGUGAAGGACAAUUCAGUUCCUGGAUUAACAUUGACUAAAGAGCUUGAGGCAAGAAGACUUCAGUGGGUUAAAGAGCAUACUCCCUGGAGGUUUGCCAAACCUUACUUCACUUGUAAUUUACUUUCUUGAAUAGUUAGGGACCCCUACGUCCUUGCUGUGUACUUUUGUUAGUUACAAAAUUAACAAAGAGCCAAUUAACUGCAAGAAGCUUAUUAUAAGUGAAAUCAUUGUUCUUAUUUUCGCGUGUUGAAUGUACUUUAAAGGAACUUUACCUGACAGGCCGGCCUUUUGUAGUUUAGGCUUAUUCCUUAGCAGUAUUUUUAGAUUAACGGGCAUCGUGGCCGUCUAUGGUAACAAAAACCGAUGAAUCUAUUUAGGAUUGUGUUGGCUUUUUCCUAUCUUGGAUACGGCCUAAGAACUCAAUUCAAAUUCACCUAUAUUUGCGUACUAAACGAGAUGGAAUAUAAUAGCGGUACAGUUUAAAACAGCGCGAAUCAGCUUCUGGUAGCUGCUUCUAGCUGUACCGAUAAGCAACCAAAUCACAGACCAUUUGGGUUCCCUGUUGGUCUUGUAUAGGUAGCUUGAUGGCUGACUUUUUGCUGUGGGUUUUGUUUUAUCAGGAAAAUAUCCACUGCAGAAGAGAGAAAUCAUCCUAUAGCAAUGAAGUCCAAACCAAGGUACUGUAAAUUAUAUUGCUAAUAUUAUAUGGUUACAAUAGUACGCGCACUCUAAUUGGCUGUUU